GAUCCUAUAUGGACUCUCAUACUCCCUGAUGUUUCCGCUGAUGCUUUUUAUGAGUACAACAUUUCGCUCACAUUUCUUCCAUAUACUAACCAAUUAUGUCCAUCCGUGAGUUUUACUGUUCGACGUUCUAAAAAACGUAAGGAUUCAACGCUACGCAAGAUGACUAAACAUAUUACGCGAGUUGUUGCAUACAGCAAAUUAGAAAUGGAAAAUUCCGAGAUUGACAAUGGAAGUUAUACUAACACGCGACCACAAAGCUUACGUGCAAUGCUAAAAGAAGACGCUAUUUACCGUAUUCGCUUCGCUAUGCCACAAAGUGUCGGUGUCAUACAAGAAGAGGAUGAAAACAGUGAAGCUCGACAAGAGGAAGAGGCAACGGUUGCAAGAGCAUUUAUAGAAAGCGCCCAGUUCCUUGAACGGCCGGUAUUCGUUGAUGAAGACUCAAACAGCGGUUUCAGCGAGCACAUGCUUUGA